CUCUCUUACUUUUCUUGCCCCACUUGCCGUUUUUACAGGAUUCAGAGCUCUUCAGCACAUUCCAGUUGCAGACUGCGUAAAUAAAUACAAGGGUUUAAAAAAAACCCCAAACCUUUGGGGAGCUUGGACCACAGCCAGCUUGGCUGGGUAACUGGACUUUGCAUGGAGCUGGAAGGGUGUUUUUUAAAAGGAGGGAAAACAGAAGAGAACAGCUCAAGAAUCUUGGCUCAGCCUGGGCAUAUUUCCUCCCAACUCUGGCUAAACCUCAGCACGAACGGCCGGCCGGAGGAGUCGAUGCGAAGCUGGGGAGGGAGGCUGCGGGGCUCUGCACCAGGACUACGGCAGAGCUUGGAGAGGCUGCAACCAUGCUUUUCCUCUGGGCACUGGUGUUCAUUUUAGUCCUGCAGGAACGAGAUCUUCUAGCUGCUGCAGACCCCGUCAGUGUGCUACCUGGAAGUUUGGGAAUAGGAAGCUGGUGUAACGAACAUGAUACGAUCCAUGAACGCUUAGAUAUUAUUGAAGAGAAGGUAAUAAAAACAGUGGAGCAUCUAGAAUCAGAAGUCAAGUCACUCCUCAACAUCAUCAGUGAGACAACAUCAAAUAUCCCCAUCGCUCCAGGAACCCCACUUAUAGACAUUUUUGAUGAUGUGAAGUAAUUCCUUCAUUCAACCCAAUGCAGCUCAGGCCUCAGCUGAAACACUGAGUCCAGUUUUGAACACUAGGUUUCAACAACCACUAAAGAGAGGAGGAGGGAGAAAAGGGAAAAAAACCCCACCAAACAAACAAAUCCCCAGCCAAGGAGCCUGACAGAUGAGCUACACAAAAAGGUUGUUAAAUUGGGGAUGUUUAGCUUAAAGAAUAUUGAAGUAGCCUACCAGAAUGAGUAAGGCUGCCACAAAGAUGAAAGCUGUGUUUUCUUCCCCAUUGCAAAAAUGAAUAAAACAAGAAAUAAUGCAGCAAGAAAGACUCAAGCAAAACACAAUGCAAAGCUUUUUUACAAGGACAGUGAAACACUGAAAUUAUAUGACUGCAGUUUCCCCAGGACUGAAAACGUUAGACCAGCAUCACACCUUACAACUGCAGGAUGGACUAAGCAACCUCAAGGUCUCUUUCAGUUUUAAGAUCCUGUGAUUCUUUAGUUUCACAUGUGACAAAUGAAACAAAGGACAACAAAACACAAAAAAAAAGUUAUUGGAAGUAUUAUCAUUUUAGUAUCUUAAAUCCGAUUUUGACAUGUAAGCCCCUCACAGAAAACAGUGUAAGUUUUGAGUUAUGUUUGUAAACGUAACUCAAGUUGAUUUGAGUAUGUUUGUUGAGUUAUGUUGAGUAAAUGUUUUUGGAAUAAAUUAAACCACAACAGAAAUUACUUGGAUGAAACCACCUGUUCUACACAGCUUCUUACAGUGCUCUGCCCCCUUCAUUCUCUGCCCAAGUAUUAACAGUGCAUUUAACAAGGUGAGAGACACUCCUGGUGGAAAAUAAACCUCUUGUGGAAAGGUAUGAGCAUUCACAGACACGUUUAUGAAGUGAGUUUUGUCAGUAUUCGGUUUUUCGCUUGUUCGUUUACAUACACACAUGCAUACUACAGUGCACUUACAUGAUAGAAGGUGGGCUCGAGGUAGGCAGCAGUGGAGUUUAUGCUGGUUUUCAGUUCUUGCAGUUGGCUGUAUGGAUCUGGUCACCAUGACUAAUUAAGUCCUCACCAAGUUUGUUAUUCAUUAAAAGUUCCGAUUUUCUAUAAGAGGCGGUUUAUAGGUAACAAUUAAGUUACUCCCCUGCAACGAUAAUCUAUUUUAAAAAGAAAAGUAUUCUAUUAAAGUGUUACAGUGACUUCAAAAUGGAAAUCCUAAGUCAACCUCGGCAUAUUUGCAGCACAUCUAUAGUAAGUACUACUCAGAGCUUGCAACAGCUGACAAAUGGUCCAAAAAUUGCAGAGCUCAAGGAACUUCCUUCUGUGAUUUGGUGAAUCAAAGUGACAAGUCUCUGCUUUAAAGCAGCAAGAUUCAUUUUUUAAAUGAUGUUUAUCUACAAAGAUUGAUCCUGAUCCAAAAAUAAUUAUAUCACUC